GCCAGUGAAGAGAGACAGGAGGCCUGAAAGCUUAUAAAUUUAUAGAUGAUGAGAGAAGGGUUAUCAAAACGCACUUUCAUUUUAUAGACAGUGUUAUAGUCUUUCUCACGAUGAUUAUAGAGAAUGUGGAAGCCUUGAAGUCAUGGCUGGCAAAACUCCUGGAGCCAAUAUGUGAUGCUGACCCGUCUGCAUUAGCCAACUAUGUGGUUGCUCUUGUGAAGAAGGACAAACCAGAGAAGGAGCUGAAAGCACUUUGUGCUGAUCAGCUUGAUGUCUUCCUACAAAAAGAGACAACAGGAUUUGUCGAUAAACUUUUUGAAUGUCUGACAACCAAGAACUACCUAGGAAAUCCUGCUGCCAAGGAGGCUCCUAAAGAGGAGGUCAAACCACCUGCACUCAAGUCUGAUGUUGUGGAGGCUGAAACUCCAGAGGAGGAGAGAGAAAACAGGUGGAGGAGAAGUCCUCUGAGAAACCGCUCUGACUUCAACGAGUCCAGGAGCCGCGAUGACAGGAGGCGAGACGAGCGCAAGCGCCGUGACUUCGAUCGACACGGGAAAAGCAGCAGUGACUCCCACCGUGAGCGGGAGCGGCACGAGCGUCGCAGGGGCAGCCCCCGCGGGAGGAGCUACAGCCGCAGCCGGAGCAGGAGUGGCAGCCGAGGAAAGAGCAGGGACAGGGAGCACAGAGGAGGUAGAGACUUUAAGUCAAAGUUUGAGGUGGAAAGAAAGGAUACAGACGGCUACAACUCUUCAACCACAUCCGGCUCCCAGCAGCAGCAGCAGCAGCAGCAGCAGCAGCAGCACCCGCCGCCUCUCCUGCCCCUGCCCACACCUCCACACCCUUUUUCCUCCUCUUCCUCAUCAUCCGCUGGAGUCUCAGGAGCUGGAGGUGUUCCUAUAGCAACACUGGCUCACCUGCCCGAUAGCACCACAGACAGCUGGUCGGGCUACUAUGGCACCCAGAGGCAAGAUGGUGUCGGGAAACCAUUCAGCAACAAGCCCGCUUCACUCAAACAGCGUUGCAGGGAUUACGAUGAAAAAGGAUUUUGUGUUCGUGGGGACCUUUGUCCAUUCGACCACGGCAACGACCCUCUCAUUGUGGAUGAUGUAAAUCUACCAAAUAUGAUCCCGUUCCCGCCUCCACCUGUUAUGCCCCCCGCCGGCCUGCCCAUGCCCCCAAUCACCGAGCCCCCGCCUUCCCUCAGGAUGCCUUCGAUGCCACCUUAUGGCCAGCCACCGCCACCGGGCGUCUUCCCCAUGCCUGGACCCCCACUGAUAGCAACCAGUGGGAUUGAUACCCCCAACCACCAAUCUGCAAUCACUUCUUCUCCUCCUAUUGGACCGCCUGGCGUGGGGAUGCCACCUACUCUUCCUCCUCCUCCUCCUCCUCCUCCACCUCCUCCUCCUUCAUCCUCGUCUGUGUCUCUUCGUCCCCAAUAUGUGCAGUCUGAAUAUAACUAUGAUCCAGAGGGCUACAACCCAGAAUCCCCAGGGCUGACUACAGCAGGUCGUAACCAGUACCGUCAGUUCAUUCCCCGGGUGCAGACCCAGCGCUCCAACCUCAUUGGCCUCACCUCCAACGAAGGACAAGGCUCCAGAGCUGCAAACAUAGUGAUCCAGACAGAGCCAGCCACUGUAGCCAGCACUCCUGGAGGUAACGUGUCCCGCUUCAACACAGAGCAGGACAGCAGGAAGAGAACCAUGGGACACAGUACAGCUGAGGGACCAGCAGCUAAAAAACCCUGGAUGGAAAAGCCAAACUUUAACAACCAACAUAAGAGCAGUUUUCCCAAGAGGAAUCACUAUGUGAACACCAAGCUGGAAGUGCGCAAGAUCCCUCGUGAUCUCAACAAUAUCACCAAGCUCAAUGAGCACUUCAGCAAGUUUGGAACCAUUGUCAAUAUACAGGUUGUCUUUGGUGGAGACCCAGAGGCAGCGUUGAUUCAGUACACAAAGAAUGAAGAGGCCAGACGGGCCAUAUCCAGCACAGAGGCGGUCCUCAAUAACCGCUUCAUCCGUGUGUACUGGCACCGCGAGCCCGGCGCCAACACCACAGGGCUUCAGCAGCAGGAGCAGAGCUCAGGGAGCCAGGGAGCUGGAUCACCACCCACCCAGGGGCCGCAGCACUGCAACAUGCAUAAGGGGGUAAAACAGCACAAUCCAGCAGCCUACGUGUUGAACAAGACUGUACCAAAGCAUCGCCUGGCAGCAGCACCUGGGACCACAGCUCAAACCAAGCUGGAUAGCCUGAACCCAAACACAGACGCUGUCACGGUGGCGCCUGCACUGACAAACACCCAGAAGGGCCCCUACACUUCCACAGCCCUCAAGUCGUCCUCAAAGAGCCUUGGGAAAACGGGAAGAGCACUAGAAGCACAGGAAGUCCUCAAGAAGAAACAGGAGGCAUUAAAACUCCAACAGGACAUGAGGAAGAAGAAGCAAGAGAUGUUAGAGGCACAGAUUGAGUGUCAGAAGGCCUUGAUAAACCGCCUGGAGAAGAACCGAGGGAUGAAACCUGAGGAGAGAGCCAACAUCAUGAAGACCCUGAAGGAGCUGACGGAUAAGAUCACCCAGCUGCAGAAUGAAAUGAAUCCUGCCUCCCAGGUCUCCAGUACUAAACCCAACCUAGGCCAGACCAAGACCAAGACUGAUGCCCAGAAGGAAUUACUGGAUGCAGAGCUGGACUUUCACAAGAAGAUGAGCUCUGGAGAGGACACAACAGACCUCAAGAGAAAACUGGGGCAGCUACAGGUUGAGGCGACGCGGUUGGGCCUGAUUCGGCCUCCAGCGGGCCGGGGUCGGGGUCGCGGCAAGAUGGCACUGGAGCCCGGGUCCAUGCACGUGGGCCGCGGCAGGGGCCGAAGCCGGGAGAUGAUGGCUCGCGGCGGGGCCCUGAACCGUAUGGUGGUGGACCACAGACCCAGAGCCCUGGCAAUUUUGGGGGUCACUCAGGAGGAGAAGGAAGAGCUAAUGCCUCACUUUGUGAAAUUUGGGGAGAUUGAGGAUCUCCGUGACCAAGACGCAAACAGUGUCGUCAUGACCUUUAAAACACGAAGUGAAGCAGAGAAUGCAGCGAACCAGGGAGCUAAGUUCAAAGGUCGAGUGCUGCAGAUUUCCUGGUACAAGCCCAAGACGCCUUCUGUGACAACGGAGCCAGAGGAGGAAGAGGCGAAAGAUGAGGAAAAUAAGAAGGAAGCUAGCUCUUACUUGCCUGGUGAGGAGGAGGAGGAAGAGGAGGAGGAGGAGGAUGACGACGAAGACGACGAGUACGAGAGCCGAUCGUGGAGACGGUGAAGGCAUUGUGAUUCGUCGUUACCUACUCUGCAGCAAAAUCAGUGGUUAUUUUUCCUCACGCAGAUAAAAUCAACACAGCGGAACUCGUCAUUUUUUUCCUUUCCAGUAUUUUCAAACUAAGUAAUUUUAGACUCUAAUCAAAGUAAAAACAUCUUUACUUUAUUGUACAUCAAAAGAAGUUUCGAGGGUCGACAGUUUUUGUAUCCCUCGACUAAACAAUUAUUUAAAACAUCUCACUUUUGCUGAGAAAGAUAAAUGUUAAGUUGUUCUUAUAGAUAGAAAAACAUAUGUAAGUUUCAGUGUGCUUACCAGAUGAUUAAUAUCAGUAAUGCACAACAUUUGUGUCUACUGUGAAUAGGUAUUUUUAUACAUACUGUAUUUAAGCUCUUUUUCUCACCAGUUUUUGAAAAGUCUUGUCCUCCGUUCAGGGACAGCCAUUCCAUCACCAUUAGAACGUUCUCUGUUGCUAACCAGAGAGAUAUUUAUUUAUUUUUUCCACUGCAUAAAUGCCCUGUGCCACACCUACGUUGGCACAGUGUGGUGUGGGUUUCCAUUUCACUUUAAUCGCAGUUUGUUUUUAGCAUGGGAAAUCCCAAAAUGUUAAAGGAUCCGAAUAUUUUUGACAGUGGCUCUAUGUGCUGGCAUGAAUACAUGCUAGUUUGUGCAUGUUGUAUUCCCAAACAAACAGAGCCACCCCCUCCCAGCACUCAAAGGUGCUGAUACUGUACCAUGACCAUAUUAGAGCCAGUGCAGGUACAGAAGGAUACCAGUGCAAUAGAAAAACUCUUAACAAUGUUUACAAAUUGCCAUGUCCAUGCACGACAGAUACAGUCUUGUAGUAAAAAAAUUCAAAUUUUCCCCGUGUGUAUUUUGUUGUUCACUCAAUGUCCAGUGCCACUCUGUGUAAAUACAAACACCCAUGAGGGUGUUCUACAUUUUCUAAGAGUGUGUUACAUUUUUCACUUGUUUUAUUCUGUCACCUGUUCAUCCAAAGGGCCUGACAGGACAAGGAUCAGAUCACCCAUUUCAAAAAUGUGAGAUCCAUAGACAGGUGUCUGAAUGUAAUACUGAACAAUUGAUUUUAAUAUAUAUAUAUAUAUAUAUAUAUAUAUAUACAUACAUAUAUAUAUUUAUAUAUAUAUAUAUAUAUAUAUAUAUAUAAUUUCUUUGCCUUACACAAUCAGCGGAUGGCUGAAUUUUUACAAGAUUUGUGAUUUACUUUUGUAAAUUUUGUAAAUGCUUGAAAGAGAAAUUACUGUUGUACUUUUUUUUUCUUUUUUUUUUUUUAGUUUUGUUUUUCUGUCAUUUUAAAUGAAUGACAAGGAUGCGUCAGGUAGAAAAGGUCAAGCAAGAGUGCAUAGCGUCACUGCUAAGUCUCUGCUUAUUCGCAAGAAUUUUGCAUUUGUGACCAGUCCACAUUGUUAUUUCACUAAAUUUGUCAUCUAAGUAGCACAUUUCUUUUAAAGAACCAUUCAGAGCUGCUCUGAUCUGUGGAAAAUACUCGGUUGAAAGGCACCGGGGGGUGGGGUGGAGUGGGGUAGGAUGGGUGGGUGGGGGUGGUCAUGCACCUCACAAUAUUAUUUGUGCAUUAGUGCAGCUUUGCCUACAUCUGAAUAUUGUCAGACAAAGCUCGACAACCCAAUCUAGAAGUGCAACCACAAUGUGCACCUUUCAUGACAAAAAUUUCUUGCGUGUGUUUUGCCUUUAUACUGUAUUUUAGAAUCCUCAAGGUGGGAGGAAUGAAAUCCAUUCAAAUUCAGUGAACUCGAUGCAAGAUGAUACAUUUUUGACAGUUAAUUUUUUCUUUUGUUGUUUCCCUUAAACAAAUAACUAUGUUUACAUGCAGCCUAAUGGAGUGUUGUUUGAUGUAUGCUUAUCAUAACUCAACUAAACAGAUCAUAUCCACUAACACAGCCAGUCAGACUGGAGCACCACAACAAAGAAGAGACAUUAACUGUAGCCGUCUCACUCAUUUACAUGAUUAUGCAGGCAGAAAUCUGCAUGUAAGUAACACAUGCAGAUUUUCGCCUACGUGUGAAUGCAGACAAAUAAUUUCCUCCCACCUACGAUGGCGGUAGCGCUCAUGUUUGGGUUGCAUAUCUCACUGUUGUCGAAAAACUCAGAAGCCUCCUGCCAUCGACCUCAUUGUCUCAUUAAAACCUUUGGGUUCAUAUUUUUGUCUCCACCAUCACUGUGGCAGUCAUAAUGAUGUUCAGGUGUGUGUUAGAAAGCUGCAGCUUUUCCCUUCGCACUUAGUACUUUCAUAUGAUUUGCUAAUGUGAUUUUUGUUUGUUUUUAAUAUGAGGUCUCUGGCAGUUUUAAAGGACAAACCUAUACUGGCAGGGUUCUUGCUUGUGUAAUUGAGGAUUCAGAGAAGGUCUCUCUCCCACUUUUUGUACUAUCUUCUGUAUGCUACUAUCACACAAUAGUGUAAAAAUGUAAAAUGUUUAUUGGAUAAUAGUUUUGGAUUUGUUACUGUUUAUAUUUGCAGGAUGUGGAUGUAUUUUCUUCAUGUAUUUUGUUUGUAAAAAAAAAUGGAUUUCUAAUUUACAAGCAUGUUUGCUUUUGCCAAUAAAGAUGGAGGAAUGGGGUGCUUGUCAAAAAAAGAAGAAAAGAAAAGAAAAAAAAAUACAAUUUAAAUUGGAUCUUGGAGGGGAAAAAAAGAACAUUUUAAGUUAAAGAGAGAAAAUUGACCAAGAAAGAAGAAGUCAACAUUGGCAAGGGGAAAAAAAAUCAAGCAAAAGCAUUCCAGAAAAUAUUACCUUAAA